CAGAUCCUGAUAUUAGGCCAAAGGUAUUUAUACAGUCCUGUCGCCUCGAUGCUCAAUGUCCAGGUUAUUUUUAGACCCUUCAGUGAGUUGUGGGUCAGUUGUUCGUGGGUCCGGUUGCCACACAAGCACGAGAGCGAGAGAGAGAAGAGAGAGCGACAAGAGGGGUCAAUGUUCUUGAGGCUGUUCCCUGCUCAGGUGUCCGGGGGUCCGUGUGAGGACCCUGUGGUGACGGAAGCCCAUGUCAUGUCGAGGGAUUACAUCAGCUUUGUGACGGGCAGGACCACGAAGGCAGCUCCCAGCCCAGCCUCCGCAGCGCUCCGCCACGCUGGCACCGACCUGAUGGGGAAAUAUCCCAUCUUCUUCAAGCGCUGGCCACGGAUCUUCAGGGACGUCCGGCUGGACAACGCCUGCGACUUCCUGAUCAAGAUCCUGGACGAGCAUUUUCAGCCGGAGGAGUCCUGGCAGCGCAAGCGACUGACCUGGAGUGGGAUCCUCUCCAUCUACGUGCUGGCCGGACAGAUGGCCAUUUACUGCCAGGAGAACGGGAUGGGGUCGGUGCUGGAGGAGCUCGAGGUGAGGGUGGGACAGUACGUGGAAGCCAAGGUGUGUCCGGACAUCGUAGAUAAGGGAGGAUGGUCCGGCUUCGUCGAGCGAUACACUAAGAAAGAGAAUGCGGAGCAGUCGGUGGCCCGUGGGUGCUGCGGCACGCUGCUGUUGCUGAGCGCUGGCUUGCUCGCUUACUACGUCUACAGGAAACGCUUGUGCUGAGGGGAGAGGGGACAGCGGCAACAACAAGGAGAGACGUUCACGGAUACCUGCGGACACUGACGCCGCACUGGGUGGCGGCUCCCAGUGGGUUUGGACGGGCAGCUCGGCUGUAGCUCAGUCCACUGCCCGCUUACUCAGCGUAUCUCAGCGUGUGUCCCGCCGGGCGAGAGGCGCCACACCGUAAAGUUCACUCCACGUCCCACCACUCGAUUUCAAAAUCCUCCCACUCACACGUCUACAAGUCCCUUCAC